AUGAGAGGUACAUUGGGAAACAGCAUAGGGGGUGAAGAAGAGAUAUGGAACACAACUCUGGAUAUCGACGAUUCACUACGUGAUCGAGACGGAGAACUAGAUUGUAUCCAGAAUGCAAUCAAAUAUGCAAGUUGCGCCCUUGCACUGACCCCAUACGGGCACCCGCAUUUAGCGCCCCGACUCGCUUCCUUAGGGUCAUCUUAUGACGAUCGGUUUCGGCGCCUGGGGGAGGUAGAUGACGUUGAGAAAGCAAUCAAAUACUUUAUUUGUGCCCUUGUGGUAACUCCUGACAAUCACCCAGACCUGCCAGCGCGGCUUGUUGAUCUAAGCAUAGCUUAUACACAUCGAUACAAAUCUCUGCAAGAGGUACAGGACCUCAAUCUGGCCAUCGAAUAUAAAUCCCGUCUGGUCCAAAUCACUUCCGAUGAUAACCAAAACCUGCCACGUUGGGUCACUAGUCUGGGAAUAUCUUACACAGAGCGAUACAAGCGACUGGGUGAAACUGGUGACCUCGAAAGAGCAAUCGAAUGUGACUCUCGUGCAGUCACACUUACCCCCAGUGGGCAUCCAGACCUCCCAUCUCGGCUUAUUAAUCUAGCGUUGUCUUACGAGGACCGAUAUGAACGUUUGAAUGAACUCCGCGAUCUCGAUAGAGUAAUCGAGAACAGAUCGCGCGCGGUCGAACUCACUCCUAGCUCCCGCUCAGAAUUCCCACGCCGGCUUGCUGGUUUAGGAUCAUCUUAUAGCAGCCGGUUCGAGCGCCUGGGCAAAAUGGUUGAUCUCGAAGAGGCAAUUAAAUACCAAUUUCUUGCAGUCGAAUCGACUUCUGAAAAUGAUCCAAGCAUGGCGGAGCGAUUGAGCAACCUGGGCAUAUCUUACACUAAUAGACAUCAGCGUUCUGGAGAAUCGGGUGACCUUGAGAAAUCAAUUCAACAUAAAUCUCGUGCACUCAAGCUUACCCCCGACAGUGAUCCUAACCUUCCCGACCGGUUGCUUGGUUUAGGGGCCUCUUAUUGUGAUCGGUACAUGCUCCUAAAUGAACUUAAUGAUCUCGAGAAAUCAAUCGAAUACAUAGACCACGCAGUCGAUAUCACCCCUGACGGCCACUCAGACCUCCCAAACCUGCUUGCUGGUCUAGGUGUGUGCUAUACCCACCGGUUUGAACGGUUGGGUGAAAUAGGAGACCUUGAAAAAGCAAUGGGUUACAAAUCUCGCGCACUUAACCUCACACCCAAAGGCCACACAGACCUGCCGCGCCGACUUUGUGAAAUAGCGGUAUCUUGUACCCAACGAUAUAGACGCCUGGGCGAAAUUGCCGAUCUCGAAAACGCAAUAGAGUACGACUCUCGUGCGGUCGCGCUUACUCCAGAGGAUCAUCCAGAGUUUCCGAGUCAGCUUGGCAAUCUGGGGGCGUCUUACGAAGAUCGAUAUCUGCGUCUAGGUGAACCUGACGAUCUCGCAAAGGCCAUCAAAUACAUAUCUCGUGCACUCGAACUUAUGCCUAAUGAUCAUCAGGAUGUAGCGGCCUGGUGCACUGGUUUAGGCUCAUGUUAUGCUGAUCGGUAUAUACGCAUAGGCGCGCUUAGUGAUCUCUCAAAAGCAAUUGAGUACAAAGAACGAGCACUUAGGCUCACUCCCGACACCCAUCCGCGCUUGCCAGACCAGCUCGCCAAUCUGGCAUCGUCCUACCAUGAUCAAUAUCAACGCCUCAAAGAUCUCGAUGAUCUUCAGAAAGCCAUCGAACUUAAAUCUCGUGGACUUGCACUUACUCCCAACGGCCACCCAAGUCUGUCGGGUCUACUUGGGGAUCUUGGUGUUUAUCACGACGAUCGGUAUAGAAGCCUGGGUGAAAUCGUUGACCUUGAGAAAUCGGAUGAUUACAUAGCCCGUGCAGCUAGCCAGAGUCCAGAGGGGCAUCCUAGUUCGUCUCUGCGGUAUUUUAAUUGGGCUAUAACCUGUUUUGCCCAAUAUCAGCGUACGAAUGAUCCUUCUCAACUAGCAAAUUCGCUCGAUUCGUUCCGCAAAGCCACUCAAAUUUUCAACGGGGGACCACGCGACAUAUUUUACUAUGCCUUCCGCUGGGCAAAGCUGGCUUCCAGACAUAACCCCCUCAAUCCUUUGGAAGCCUUUCGCACAACAAUUGAUCUACUUCCUCAGUUCAUCUGGUUGGGUGCCACGACCAAUCAACAAUAUCAAGAUCUCACACUUGCAGAGAAUCUGGCCGGACGAGCCGCUUCUGCUGCAAUUUUAUCCUCAGAGUAUAAUUUGGCGCUUGAAUGGAUGGAACAUGCACGAUGUGUGGUCUGGAACCAAAGCUUGAUGCUUCGGACCGCUCUCGAUGACCUUUCAACCUCUUUCCCUGAUCUAGCCAACCGCCUCCAACGAUUGGCUCGGCAACUGAAUGAAGCAACCUCUGAUCCUGUAGGAUCUGACCGAGUUAUUUCCACUUCUGCCCCAGAAUACCGGCAUGCACUGGCUCGUAGGUACAACGACUUAUUAGCACAGCCCGUGUUAUCCUUUCUCGGGUACUUGGAGGAUGUACCCAUAGGCAGCACCAUACCACAUGUGACUUGGUGUCCAACUGGUGCUGUAUCUUUUCUUCCACUUCAUGCAGCGGGAGACUAUGAUAAACCCGAUGCGAGAUCGUUCAAAUACGUCUGCUUUGGGACCUGGCUCCCGAGUGCUCGGAGUUGGGCAAGAAGCUACAUCUUAUCAAGGUACAAUUUGAGCAAACUUCCAGGCACAACUAGGGAGCUCGGCUAUUUGAAGGAGCAAGUUCAGAAAAUCAAGAGCGUUGGGUUCUCGGAGCUUACGGACGAAAACGCAACGACAAAAGCUGUACUCGACGCCAUGGAAAACCAUGAUUGGGUUCAUCUUGCUUGUCACGCUCACCAAAACGUUGACGAUCCAAGUGAGAGUGGGUUCUUAUUGCACGAUGGGAUCUUGGAUCUGGCUUCCAUCAACCGACGGUCUUUUAAGAACAAGGGCCUUGCUUUCCUUUCAGCUUGCCAGACAGCAACAGGAGACUCCAAGUUACCUGACGAAGCGGUGCACCUGGCGUCUGGUAUGCUAAUGGCGGGGUACUCGAGUGUGAUAGCGACGAUGUGGUCGGUUAAGGAUGCAGACGCACCGCUAGUCGCCAAUGAAGUAUACAGCCAAUUGAUGAGGAUGGGAAGCUUGGGAAAGGAGAGGCCGGAAGAGCCCUGCACCGUGCUGUUGCAGAACUACGCGGGAAGAUUGGAGAGAAUGAGUUCGGUCGUUGGGUGCCGUACAUUCAUAUAG